AUGUUGAAGAAAUGGUGGGAAGAGAAGGAGCCACUGCUACAUGACAUCCAGGACAAGGAGAUCUAUGACUUGGAUGCACCUGUUGGAGUCGUGAAGUUGCAGUCAUUCUGCAAGGUUGCUCGCCAUGCAGGGUGUCAUUGGGCUUGGAGCGAUACAUGUUGCAUCGACAAGACUAACAAUGCUGAGCUCCAAGAAUCACUCAACUCCAUGUUUGUAUGGUAUCACCAUUUGGUACUUACCAUCGUCUACCUGUCGGAUGUUCCGCCUUGGUCAAAGGCUGGUGCCCUGGCAAAGAGUGCUUGGAACAUGCAAGGAUGGACCAUGGGAGAAUUUCUGGCUCCCAGAGUCAUUUUCUUUUAUCAGCAGGAUUGGACCUUAUAUCUCAACAAUCGCUCUCUCAACCACAAGGAAUCCGUCGUGAUCAUGCAGGAGCUGGGAGAUGCGGAAGACAUUGCAUACUCAUUAUUCGGUAUUUUCGGUGUGCACCUACCUAUCAUUUAUGGUGAGAAGAAGCAAAAUGCUCUCGGGAGGCUCUUGCAGGAGCUUGUGGCCCACUCAGGCAACAUCUCUGCCCUGGAUUGGAUUGGAAUGCCAUCUGAGUUUAAUAGCUGUCUUCCGGCCAAUAUCACUUCUUAUAGUGCUUCACCACCCAUAUUGUCAUCUCUGCCCGAAGAUGAGAUGGAGACAUCAGUGUCCUUCCUGCAAAAGGUCAUGACCGUAGAGCUAGCUUCAGAAUUCUAUGCCUUGCUUGACCAGCUGAGUGCUCCUCAUUUCGCAAACUGCAGACUGCAUCUGCCUUGCAUUACAUUCCCUGUCACAGCAAUGAAGUGGAGGCAUGGUCAAGGCCAGAAGACAUCUUUCAUGUACGAAGUCAAGGCAAAAGGGCUUCAUGACCUGCUGAUCACUACAGAAGACAAGCCAAAUCACUUCUUACGGGCGAAGCUCACCCGGCAGACCUUGCUGCUUGUUCGUCUGUGGAUGUGUUGCUCUCUUGAACUACCUGACUUUAAAAAUGAUAUGCAGAGCAUGACAAACUUGUCCAAGGUCGGGUCUUCAUUAUAUAGUAUCCCCCCAGAGUCUCGGUCACAAGCACUGCGAUUCAUUCCUCACAUUGGACAGCCUUUCAGCUCAUUCCUCGAUUCACUUCACAACUCUCCUGGAGACAAGGAGGCGGUUUAUUCCAAGUUGCAUUUGCAAGCAUUGCGGUUGAUUGUGCGCCUUGGACAACCUUUCAGCGCAUUUUUACUGGUGCAGCAGCCCAGUGGAGAGUACAAGAGAAUCACGUCAGAUCACUAUAUCAUUGCACGAGUCCAAAGCAUGGUGUCCAUUCGCAGCAUGAUGGACGUUAGAAUGCUGGAGAUACUGUAG